CCUUCCUUUUAUAGAACACCCUCACCACAGCACAAGUCUACCAAUCACCGUGUACUUUAUUCGCUUAAGUACAAGGUGAUUCGUAAACUCGGGCUGUGGUGAGAGUAUUCUAUAACUUUGGUGUUCCGCUUUUAUCGCCCCAUAGAACCAAAGUUAAGGAGACUAUACUGUAUUUAUUUUUCUCAAUUUUUGUAAAUUUUAUUGUUCUAACUUUAUUUAUAGAUGAGACGUUUUACGCUGGAAGAAAAGAUGUUUUGUAUAGGAUUAUACCGUAGAUCUCGUUCAUCCUACUCCUUUCUGUCCAAAUACUUGCUGUGUCCUUCUAUAACUACUUUAAAUAAGCAAUUACAACGUAUUCCUUUCAAUGCAGGGUGCAAUAUGAUUACGUUUAAAUAUUUGAAGUUAGUUGCAAAGGAAGUAGAUCCCAGAGAUUUAAACGUAGUUUUACUGUGGGAUGAAAUGUCAUUAAAACCUGCCGUACAUUAUGAUAAAAAAAGAGAUAUAAUAAUUGGAUUUGAAGAUUGGGGAAUGCGCAGAAAAAGAAACUUUGCCGAUCACGCAAUCUUAUUUUAUAUUCGAUGCCUUCGGGGAAUCACAUGGCUCUUGGAUACGGGUUUUGUGAAAGCGCAACUCGAAGUAUUCAACUAGUACAGUGCAUUAAACAAUGGCUGAAUAUGAUAGUAAAAUGCGGUUUUAAACCUGUUGCUACCGUCUGCGAUCAAGGAGGGCCAAAUGUUGCAGCCAUAAAUAUGUUAAUAAAAGAGGCAAAUGAAAAACAAAUAAAGCAACAUAAGAUUCCUGAAAAUACAUUUAUCGUAUCCAAUUGUGAAGUUGUACCUUUGUACGAUUAUGUACACUUACAAAAAGGUGUACGCAAUAAUUUGCUAACAAAAGAUUUGGUUGUUGAUAAAUUUAAAAAAGAGUCUGAGAGACAAUUCGUCUCAUGGAACGACAUUAUUACUGUUUAUGAAAUAGAUAAAUAUUCUUUCUUAAAACAACGUCAAAUGCCAAAAUUGACCAAUAAACACAUUUUUCCAAAUUGUAUUCCCAAAAUGAGAGUAAAAUAUGCGACACAAGUAAUCAGCCAUACAGUGGCAAAUUUCAUUGAUGUCAUUCUGACAUGGAAUCAAGAUCUUGUAGACACUUCUAAAGGACAAAUAGUCUUGUCGCCCAAUGCUGCAAUAACAGCAGACACAUUACUAUUUUUUGACGAUUUAUUUGACUCUUUCAACAGAAAAGAACGUAAAUCAUUAUCAAGUAUAAUAAGCUCAUCUAGCAAUCACAUAGCAUUUUGGCAAAACGCAGUAAAAAAAAUUCGAAAAAUGGACUUUGUUGAAAUUGGAACUCAUAAAUAUAUCAGACGUAAUACAAAAUGCCUAGUAAAUUGGGUAUGGACUAUUCGAGGCGCAAUGAAUUUAUGGAACAAACUGCAAAGGAAUGGAUUUUCUUCUUUUAAUUUAAGAUUUAUUAACCAAGAUGUUGUAGAAAACUGUUUUAGCCAGAUUAGAGAUCACGGGCACAGGAAUAAUAAUCCAACACCAUAUCAAUUUGUUGCAUCAUUUAAAACACUUGUAAUAACGAACUUGACAUCGAAGCAUUCCAUUUCAGCCAAUUGCAUAGAAAAUAACGAUGGAACAUCAUUAUCGUUAUUAAAGAUGAUGUCAACAAGUGAAAUAACUGAAGAAAAAGAUAACGAAGAAAUAAAUGCAUACUCAGAAUGUACACAGCCUUGUAGAUUUGCAACAAAAUGUUAUCUGCAUGUUGAUGCACAGCAAAUAAUAAAAAACGUUUUAACGAAAUGUGCAACGCAGUGCGAGGCUUGUGUACAAAAUCUUCAACACGACGACAUCUCAAAAACUGUUCACGAAGCAUUGGAAAUAGCAGAAUUAAAAAUUGUAAACUUCUGCCAUGAAAUAGAAAUUAAAAAAAAACUAAAGAGCUUUUUAUACCUAGAAUCUUUUUCGAAAUUUUCAACACAUUGUUCCAUACUACUUGAUAAUUUAAUUGAGGACACAGCAGCACAAUACCUUCUUAUAUGGUGUAGAUAUAUUAACAAAAUCAUUAAUGGAACGGAAGAACAUGAUUACGAAAAUAAUUUUGUUUACAACCAAGCCAAAAGGAUGUCGUUAAAAUACAAAAAAAAACAAAGAAAUAAAUUAUUUCAUCUAAGGAAUUAUUUAACGACAAAGCCAAGGAAACUUUUACACUAGCGUCUUGUAUACGACAAACAUCGGAUAUUGGAAAAAGGUUUUGCUUUGAUAUCACUGCCAUUGAUAUCACUGCCAUAAACCUAAAGCCAAUUUCAAUAUGCUGAUUCUUCUCAUUACUCAUCUUUGCACGAUCUACCACCUUCACCUUUGGUACUCCAAACACCAUCAUCACUGGAACUAAAUUUGGUCUUGACAGUACGAUUGCGUCUACAACGUCCACGACGAGUGUGCCGAGCUUUAGCUUUUUUAGUAGUACAGCGCCGGCAUCCGCGGCGCCAGGGUUUUCAUUCGACGCCGCGAAAACGGGUACAACCACAACCUCAACCACUGGAGGAAUCACUCUCGCGACAAUUACAGCAAGAUUCAAUUUUGGAAUGGAAACGUCGACGACUACCUUCACAGAAUUUCCUUUCAGCAAAACUACUUCCAACUACUUCUGCCGUUUUUACAAUAAGUAUAGCAGCAUCUUUCAUUCUUCGUUAAGUACCACCACUACGUAAGUAAUGUACGUAAGUAAACUACGUAAGUAAUCACAAAAUUUAGGGCACAUACGCAUAAGGAGAGGUUUUUAGGGGGUAGGCGAUGUGGGUAGUAUCGCAGCGAUGUACCCACAUCGAAUCCUCCACACCCUGGUGUACGGGCAACAGGGCGUCUUCUCCUUCUUCGUCGGCCGUCAGAAUAGCCGAUCGGAGAAGGAUAGCACCGGUACGUAAGUCCUCGAUGGACCGCUUCUCCGCUUCUGGUCUGACUGGUUGUCACUGGUCGUAAAAGGAGCGUUAAUUCCAUGAGCGGUAUUCUAUCAGGGGCUAUUAAUUUCUGUCAACUCGAAGAAUGUAUUAAUAAAUGGACCUUGGAGUUGAAAGAGCAAGAAUAAGUACUUGUGAAUCAAGCGACACAAGUUAAUGCUUGGGACAAAUGGGGACAAAAUAGUAAUGCUGAAUCAAGAAGUUGAAAGAGUGAAAAUCGAGUGGCAGCAAUUGGAUUAUGUUGUUGGACAACAGAAAGAGUUGCAAGAAUGUUUAGUACCAUUAGAAAAGGAGCUAGCAUUAUUAAGAAACAAUAGCAUCAAGAAAAAAGUAGCAUUGGAAGAAAACAUCACAAAAA